UCAGCCAGCAGGGGGCGGUAAUGCACCAUAACCCCACACACCUUCAUGUGACAGAAGAAGUCGAGCUGCAUUGUUGUUUGCACAGCAAAUCCAGUUUCACAGAGACAUGGUAUGAACAAUGCCCUGUUGCAACUUGAUGUCUGGAACAAGCUCUAACAGUCAGCAGAAGACUUCUGAUACUAACUGCACAAACACCACCCACAGACAAAUGCCUAAAAUAAUCUCUCCUAAAGGAGAGAAGUCGUAUCAGUGCUCAGAGUGUGGGAAGAGUUUUACUCAGCAGAGCACUCUUCAGCGACACCAGCGCAUUCAUACAGGAGAAAAGACCCACCAUUGUUUACUGUGUGGAAAGAGUUUUAAUCAGCAGAGUACUUUUCAGCGACACCAGCGCAUUCACACCGGAGAGAAACCGUAUCGCUGCUCGCAGUGUGGGACUAGUUUCACUAUACAGAGCAAUCUGAGACGACACCAACGCAUCCACACAGGAGAGAAGCCGUAUCACUGCUCGCUGUGUGGGAAACGGUUUACUAACCAUAGCACCCUCCAGCAUCACCAGCGCAUCCACACAGGAGAGAAGCCGUAUCAGUGCUCUCACUGUGGAAGGAGUUUUACUGAGCACGGUACUCUCCAGCGACACCAACGCAUCCACACCGGAGAGAAACCCUAUCACUGCUUAGACUGUGGGAAGAGUUUUAAACAACAAACUGCUCUCCAGCAACAUCAGCGCAUUCACACCGGAGAGAAGCCGUAUCACUGCACGCAAUGCGGGAAGAAUUUUAUUCAACAAGGUCAUCUCCAACAACACCAGCGCACUCAUAAAGGAGAGAAGCCCUACGAUUCCGCGGUGUGGGAAGAGUUUUACUCAGCGGAUUUUACUCAUCUCCGAAAACACCACCGCAUCCAUACGGGAGAGAAACCGUAUCGCUGCUCACUGUGUGGAAAGAGUUUUACUCAGCAGAGUACUCUCCAAACACACCAACGCAUCCACACAGGAGAGAAGCCAUAUCACUGUGUAGAGUGUGGAAAAAGUUUUAAUCAGCAGAAUUCUCUCCAGAAACACCAGCGUAUCCACACAGGUGAGAAACCGUAUCGCUGCUCAGUGUGUGGAAAGAGUUUUACUCAACAGUGUACUCUUCAACGACACCAGCGCGUUCACACCGGAGAGAAACCGUAUCACUGUUCGGAAUGCGGGAAGAGUUUUACUGAGAGAGAUGAUCUCCAGCGACACCAGCGCAUUCACACAGGAGACAAACCGUAUAUCUGCUCGCAAUGUGGGAAGAGCUUUACACAACAAAGUCAUCUACGGCAGCACCAGCGCACUCACACUGGAGAGAAGCCGUACCAUUGCUCGGAGUGUGGGAAGAGUUUCACUGAGAGGGGCCAUCUUCAACGACACCAGCGCAUUCACACCGGAGAGAAGCCCUAUCACUGUUUCCAGUGUGGGCGGAGUUUUAUUUCCCCGAGUAUCCUCCAGCAACACCAGCGCAUUCACACCGGAGAGAAACCGUAUCACUGCACGCAGUGUGGAAAGAGUUUCACUCAACAAAGUACUCUACAGCAACACCAACGCAUUCACACUGGAGAUAAACCGUAUCAUUGCUGUGAGUGCGGGAAGAGUUUCAAUCGCAAUAGUCAACUCCAACACCAUCGGUGUGUUCAGUGACAUCAGUGGGAAAAACUUCACUUAUAUAUAUGAACACACAGCCUAUAGCCAAUUACACAAACUUCAAGAACAUGUAUUUGAAUUUUAGCAUUUACUUCGUGAAGAUUUAAAUUAGGAAUCUGAAGAUCAAUGAGUUUUUAGAUUGGAAUUGGCCAGAUUAGGCCAAUUGGAUUAAAUAUGGGAUAAGUGAUCGGACCCUUUCUCUUUUAUCUAACCAAUUCGGCACGUUGACCCAAAACAUGCGAGUCAGAUAUUGCUGUGUGUGCUGAGGGUUAAAAGGAAAAAGAAUUGUGCACUGAAACGUGUCAGUGCUACUUGUGUGGUUUUUUUUAUUUUGUGCCUCGUGGGGAAGCAAAGCAAAGAAUUUCAGAGACGCUAUGCCACACCUCCGAGACGCCACGUCUGAGAAACACCACGCCAGUGAGACCCCGCGCCAGUGAGACCCCGCGCCAGUGAGACACCACAUCCGUGAGAUUACAGUAUGUAGUAUGCCUGCGUUGCAACAAUCGUUUAACUUGCCGCUAUUUCUGGCUGAACGUCUAUUUAAAAAUAUUUAAGACCGGAAGCGUAAUAUGAGUUGGUUUCAGAAAUUAUUUUAACUGACAGUACAUCAGUCUAAUCAUCCACUGGUAUCAGCCUCACAGAACGCUGAUCAGGUCAUCUCUAAUAUGAAUAGUUUAGUAAAUCAUUGCUAAGGUCUAUACAAAGUAUUUAAAGUUUGUGUUUAUUGAAUAAACUGACUUCCUUACUUAAACCCUUCUCUCUCCUGUUUGUUCGAGGUUAUUUAGAAUUAAUAACCGUGUAUGAAUUUAUUCCACUGUAUAUUUGCUUGUCUGAGAGUUUCUUGUUUCAACAUUGUCACAGCCAAGAAAGAAGUAAAGGUAAGUUCUGGACAUCCAUAACCCUUCAUGAAACGUUCUGUCCCUCAGAGUAUAAGGUAAUGUGAUGUCUUUUACUUAAGUUUAAUUUAUUUCUGAUAAAUUAAGACAACAGAGAAUGGCCAGGUCACUCCAGAUUCUUAAUUCACAUUUUGACAGGUUUAAGAAAAACAACAACAUUCAGUUGGUGGAAGAUGUAAUGUAGUGGCAGAAGUGCUCUUGCCAGUUACUUGAGAAGAUAACUCAUUUUCCUUUUUCUUCCGCUAUCCCUGGGGUGUGUUGCGAUGGCAGCAAGCCGAGGUCAGUCCAGACUUUACUAGCCCUGGCUGUAGAUUCCAGCUCCUCAUGUGGGAUCUCCAGAUGUUCCCAAACCAACUGUUAGACAUAAUCUCUGCAGCUGGUCCUUGUAAGAUGCCCAAACCACCUCAGCUGUCUUCUCUCAAUUCAGAGGAACAGUGGCUUGAUAUCGACAUUGUCCAAAUACUCUUUGCAAUCUUUAACUACAAGUAAAACUUGGUUAAUCUGAGAGCGGGGAUUUUCCCAUUCAGAACAGCAGCACUGUAUAAUGUAGAAAAAUUAUAAAGUGAAACAAAGACAGAAAUGUCAGAAGAUUAACCCUGUGUGCAUGUUAUUUGAUGAGAUGAUGGUCCUGCAAAACCACACCAUGUUUAAGAACAUGAGCUUGUCAAGGAACACUAACCAACAAAUCCUUAAAAUUUUCUAUAAAAUGUAUAAAAUCAUUACACUCUCGUUUGUGAAGAUAAGCCAGUAAUAACCAUAGAUCAUAAAUCUCAGAAUUAGACUGACGAGCUGUAAAGAUGAGCCAAGGAGAGCCUUCAUUUUUGCCUGAGCAGCCGACAGGAUAUGCCUUAGCAAUGGCACAAUGAUGAAGGCUUAAAGCAGAAACAUUUGCGUGAUCAUUACCAUUGUAAUGAUUAAACAGAGCUAAAAGGGUGUGCGUACAUUAUUUAUUUUUCAGGUACUUAUACAUUAACCAGUUAUGUUACAUUACAUUAACCAGUACAUUAACCAAUAAUAUGGGGGACUAUGGGCGCAAACGUCUAACCGAUUCCUCCUCGAGCCAACCUUCUCCAACAUGUGACCCA